CGGCACUUUUGUCAUCCCUGAUGAUCUGUCAACAAAAAUACCUCCUGUAAAGCUCGAGCUCCUGUGAUUUUCAAACGAAAGAUCUGUCGAAACUAUACAUUCCUUCAACGUUCUUCGGAACGGAGUGGUCUUCGAUCGGAGGAAAGUGUGCUCCUGUACAAGAAUUCCACAGAUGAUUAGUGGUCACUCAGGAUGGGCAAGAAAGACAAUAAGAAGAAGGGUAAGGGUGCCGAGAAAACUGCCUUGAAAACGGCGAAGAAGGCCCAAUCCAAACUCAACAAGAGCCUUGUUGCGAAAGGCGAAGAUAAUAUCGAGGCUCUGAUCGCUAGCUUCGUUGAGAAUGAUCGCAAGAAAGAACGUGUCGCAGAAGAUCUGGUGGAUCCACCGUCCGCACGGAGCGGAUGUUCUCUCGUAGCCAGUCCCGACAAGGACCUUCUCUACCUGUUCGGGGGGAGUUACUUCAACGGCCAGAAGACCUUUAUGUACAACGAGCUGUACACGUACAAUAUCAAAAAGAAUUCGUGGCUGAAAUUGUGUACCCCGUUAGCUCCUCCUCCUCGAUGCUCCCAACAAGCCGUGAUCGUCGCCCAAGGCGGCGGUCAGAUCUGGGUCUUCGGAGGAGAAUUCGCAAGUCCGACCCAAUCUCAAUUUUAUCAUUACAAAGACUUGUGGUGUUAUCAUAUCCAAGAGAAAAGAUGGGAGAAGGUUGAUGCUCCGGGAGGGCCAUCUUCGAGGUCUGGACACAGGAUGGUAACGAAUGGAAAAGAGAUCUUCGUCUUCGGAGGCUUCCACGAGACCAUAAGCGACGCGAGAUACUUCAACGAUGUCUAUCGGUUCACCAUAGCUGAUCGGAUAUGGACGAAAAUCGAGCCAAUCAACCAAGGUCCGACCCCGAGAUCCGGAGUCCAGCUCAGCAUGACAGACAAUCGCAUACUCCUGUACGGAGGCUACGCGAAAGAGAAGAACGGGAAAAAUGCCGAGCGUGGAGUGACAUGCACCGACAUGUUCUAUCUGGCCGAGGAUAAGUCUGGUAAAUGGAAAUGGAGCCCGGUAAAACAGGGAGGGUCGAAGCCUUCGCCCAGGUCAGGAAUGUCGAUCGUGACGGGCACCACCAACAAAGCCUACCUCUUCGGCGGCGUUUGCGAUGACGAAGACGAAGAAACCAUAAAGUCUUCGUGCAUGAAUGAUUUCUAUCUCCUCGAAACCGACAAAGGCCUAUGGAAACAUCUGGAGCUUCGACAAGAGCGACCCAAAGAAACGGAAAACCUCGUCGAUUCGAGCAUGGAGAACCUCCAAAUCGAAGAUACUGUUGAGGAAGUCAAGACAGAUGGAAUAUUCACGGUGAAGAUUUCUUCGGCUCCGACCACGAGCUCUGGGGACGUCCAAGAUUCUGCUGGAGCGAGACCAGGCGUUGAGAAGAAGUUCGUACCCCAUCCCAGGAUGAGCACGUGCCUCGCAAUCAAACAUGGGAUCCUCUUUCUCUAUGGAGGGAUUUUCGAAUCGGGUGACAAACAGUACACAUUACGAGACAUGUAUUGCAUCGAUCUGCACAAAAUGGAUCAAUGGAAACCCCUGAUCGAGCUGAACGCGAAGGAACUCGAAUGGUUCGACAGCGACAGUGGGAGCGACGACAGCGACGACGAGGACAUGGUUGAUUCGGGAAGCGAUGGAGGAAGUGAUUAGGUAAUUGUGACAUGAGUGGACGCGAUUUGUUACUGCUCGAAUAAAUGAUCGGCUCUUCGGCCAUUCUGAUUCCCGGA